GUUAUCGUGACACUUCAUUGCCGACGUUGUAGCCCUGACUAUAAACAAGAAACACUACAGAAACAAGAUAAAAGUUGUAGUAGUAGCUAAAUUUCAUAAGUGUUGAAAGAGCAAGAAAAACAAAAAAGACAACAAAAUGUCGGCCACGUCGAGGGACUCUUCAGCCCCUGGACUUCUAGCGCCUGAGCAGGAGCAAGCUCCGCAGGAGGAAUUGGUGAUCGGGAUGCAGAAUAACAGCAGCAGCAAUAUAAUUGCUGAUCGUCCCGCAUCUGCAUCACAACCAGCCGACGAGCAGACCCUCAAAAACCGCAAACACCACCUCCUCCACCCCUUCGCCCUGCACCAGUGGUACGAGCACUUCAAACCGUUCACGUUUGAGACCGAGUUUGUGCAGCUGACAAAGCGCCAAUGCCACGAGAUUUUCCGUGGUGUAUCACGUGCAACAUCAUCAAGUGCCAGCUGCGGCGAAAGAAUCAAGAUCUGUUUCGCCGUGGACAGACAGGGUGGACAAGGAGGGUCUAGUACGACUCGGGGGUACCGCUGUAACAGCUUCAACAGCGGUUUUUCCUCCGACAGUGGAGGAUGGGACGAUCAUUUGGACGACGAGGAGGACGACGGUGGGGAUAAUAGUACUCAUAACCUCGGUACUAGUUCCGGUGAGGACCACGACGUCGAAGGCGGCACUAGCGACACUACUCUCAGCGACGCGGGGACGGAAGCACCGCCUGAGGCGAACGAGGAUCAUGCUGAGACGAGUUCAUCUGACUGCGCUACGGCGAAGGAAGAAGACGAAGAUGAGCAGCGGUCGCCAGUAGAUACCAGCACGGUUUCUUGUUGUGCACAAGAACUUCUCGAAGUUGUAAAUGAGGAGGUUAUUUCUACUACCUCGCCUGCUGGGACGAGAGAAGUGGAGGACAAGGACCAAGCCGACCGCGUAGCUCGUCUCUCGACUACACAGAAGGAACCCUUCAUCGCAGAUGACGUGUCAUCCUCGUCGUCAACUGCAAAUCCUAGUACUGGUAACAAUGCAGCAGCAAGCUCUACUGGAAAAGUGCUGGCUUCAGCUCCGUCCGCGGCCACAAUUCCUUGCGAGUCCAACAUGUGGCCGCAGGAGGAGGACGAACACGAAGUAAAGCAGGAACAACACGAUGGGGAGCCUCAGCUUUUCGAGUUUGGGCAGCACAAAAUCGUCCAAGAGAUGAAACAGAAUCAAAGAGUUUGGGUUGCUGGAGAGGACGCCGGGACAACUACUUCUUGUACCUUGGAACACGACCUGAAAAGCAACGACUACGUCAGCGAGUUGUCAUUGUGUAAAGAUUUUUCAUCUUGCAACAACAUAAUUACAACAACCGGAGGUGAUUUCUUCGAGGAGGUGGUUGAAUCCAUUCUCACCGCGGGUAACGCCGGUCUCGGGAUUUCGAAUGAAGCGACAUCGAGCUCCUGUGGAGGGAGGGUGAAGCACACGACACUACACGAAAGCGAAACGAGAACGACUGAUGUUGAAGUUGUUACAGAAAUAAGCUCCUCGACGUCUUGUACUGCGCCGCCCGUAAGGGAGGUACUACAGUCAGACGAGGAGUACAAAAUAGACUCGACAACAGACACACGACCCGUCGAAGAAGGCAAGGCAGAGGUAGCAGAACACGACCAGGCUGCUCGGCUAUCAUGUCAGGGACAAGAUGAACCGGACGAUGUAGCCCUAGCCGCGAGAAAUCUUCCAGGGGCUGAAGGCAGAAAGAAGCACCGUAGAACUAUUAAGUUCAAAGAGCGAUACCCGGAAUUACACGCGGAGCUCCGCCAAAAGAUCGACCGGCUCCACGGGUCCGUUUUUCCGAAGCUGCACUACACCGCGCCCCAAGACGCGAAGUGGAUGGCCUGGGGAAAAACGCUGGAAUGCCACGAGCCGGAGGAGGUAUUUUCCUUGCUCGUUGCCUCGGACGUAGUGGAAUUUGACCUCGCGGAAGUGCUGGAUAAUAAAGACGAGGAGGAGGAGGAAAAACACAACUGUUCCUCGACGCAUGGUCUUAACGAGGAAAACGACGAAGAUGAGAUGAUGCAAGGCCAAAAUGGAGGUCCUCAACAUCGUGCUGCUCUUCACCUCGCCCUGCGCCUAUCCUGUGCAAAAAUAUCGUACUCGUACAAAUGCAAGUCUUGCAUUACAAAUCUUGUUUCCAAGGGAAAUCUGCAUUACAAAUUUUAUUUCUCAUGCUGAGGAAAUUUGUAAUGCAUUUAUACGAGUACGAUACUUUUGCACAGGAUAGCGCCGCUUCCACGCUGAUUUCAAUCCGGCGCUGGAAUUCCGGUGUUUUGUCGGAAUUUUCGGACCGAAAAAUGAAGAUUUUCAACGGCGACGAGAGGGACAAACUGAUACUGAACCUCCUGCCGGCGCUUGUUCUGGAGAUGAAGCUGCAAGAACUUCUGCCUCUACUAUCGCGCAGAGCAAGAUCACCUGUGAGCUGAUCGCCAUCACCCAGCGGCAUUUGGAUGCGGUGCAUGAGUUUCUGGUUGAAAGAAAGAGCAGGAAUAGUAACAAUGCGCAGGAGAAGAUCCGAGAACGAAUCGAGCGCUUUUUCCAUGAUGGAAAGAUGAACUCGACUGCUGGAACAAGUAGAAUGAAGAAAACCUCGACUUUUCUGGACAAACUUGGCGAAUACUUUCUUGUUCAGAAGAAUUUGGCCACAAGAAGAAGCUCGAGCGACUCCCCGCAGCGACAGGCCGAGGCGAUAGAUGCCAAAGUAAAUAACGUGCAGGCCGCAAGUGAAGUCGAGCUCCAUCAGCUCAUCGCCGUGGACGUCUACUUACAACUGCAACCGGAAAAAAGUACACAAUUCGAGGACGCGGAUUGUUUUCUGGUGGAUUUGGCGCCGGUGGAUGUUGCGGCGCGGGCGCCUGAUUCCGCGAUGGAGAAGAACAUAAACGGUAGUGAGGGUACUACAGAAGAUGCAGUCGUAGAAACCGACACCGGGCUUUUUACGCGAGAGGAGCUGGUAGAACUACUUUCAGCAAGGGCGAAAACAGAAGUUGCUUCGACGACACCAGGAGGAUCAACAUCUUCUACAUGCGAAGAAGAUGAAGAUGUAGUUUCAACAUCUGAUGUUGCCGCGGCAGGACCUGCUCCGAAAAUGAAUAGGUCCUCGACGAUGUUGACAACAACAUCAAAAAACUUAUUUCGUGUCUGCCAAACGGCGGCGGACCUGCGGCCGGAUAAGAACAGGUACAACGCGAUGCCCAUCGAACUGCUGGAGUUCAUGCACAAUCCCGAGGACAUGAUGUCGGCGAUUCAGAAGAUCGAACGACAGUUGAACAGCUCGUCCUCUUCGACGUAAUAGUUGGAAAAAUGCUCUUGCAAAAUAAAGAUAAACAGAAAAAAAACAAAUCGCCCUCAAGAUGAAAGGCCGGCAGUAGAAAUAGUAGUUGUCUGCUUCUGAGGUGGUACUAGUACACGUGGAGAUAAAGCCUCGAAGUAGAAGAUGAACACGACUUGUUUGCUUUUCUCCCCCCCAGGAUUUUGGAUCUGUUGAGCUUGACCUCCGAAGAACUGCGCUCCUUCUCAGUCCUCUGCAUUGUAAAAUUAUAGGCCGCGGCCUGCUCGUCACGGUCACGGUCACCAACAUAUUAUAGGUUGUCUUGCUCUAC